ACUUAUUGUACAAAUUAAAACGCGAUAAUAAUAUUAAAACCCAACAAGACCAAAAUCUAUUUUAUUUAUUAUGUUAUUGAAUAAUUUAUUUCGUAACAUAAAACGGACGAGUUUAAUUUUAAAAGAGUUACCAGCAAACAUAUCGACAGCAUGUCUUCCAAAUGGUGUUAGAGUAGCGACAAUGGAAACUAACAGCCCAUUAUCUUGUGUAAAUCUAAUUAUUGAAGUUGGUUCUAGAUUUGAGAAGCCUCAUAUCAAUGGAAUUACCCAUUUGAUCGAACACAUGGCUUUUAGAGGCUUCAUUGAUAUGAACGAAUUUGAAUUAGAAGAAAAAUUGUUUAAUUUAAACGCAACAAUUACGGCAACAACUUCAAGAGAAUUUCAAAUAUUUUCAGGAAUAUGUUUGAAUGAAAUGGCUGGCGAGAUGGUCAAGAUGCUAAGCAAAAUAAUAACACAACUCAAUUUAUCGGAUGAGAUGAUGCAAUUGGGAAAAAUGAAUAUUUGUACACAACAUGUAGAUACCGACGUUGAUCCUAAAGUUGUUGUGUUUGAUUAUUUAAAGGAAACCGCAUUUCAAGGGACACAGCUCGGUCAAAGGGUAAUAGGCCCGAGUGCAAACAUACAAAAGCUAGACCAAGCAUGCGUUAAUCAUUUCAUGUACAAGAAUUACAAUAGUUCCCGUAUUGUUUUGGCUUCAUCGGGAGGUACUGAUCCUCAAAACAUAGUGUCUAGUGCACAAGAUCACCUUAAGUGCCUUCCAUUAGUCAGUGAAGCUCCUGAUUACGGACCCCAGCGCUACACCGGAUCCCAAGUUAUUUAUCGUGAUGAUUCGAUGCCAUUUGCACAUGUUGCUAUAGCAUUUGAAGUACCUGGAUACAAUAGUCCCGAACAUUUGAAACUUUUAGUUGCGAGCAAUAUAAUAGGAAGUUGGCAUAAGAGUCAAGGCGGAACAGAUAGACACGCACCGCCUUUAGCUCUUAAAUCAUCGACUUCUCAACUGUGCGAAAGUUUCGAGUCAUUUUACAUACCGUAUAGAGAUGUUGGUCUCUGGGGUAUUUAUUUUUUAAGUGCUAGAAUGAGUGUUGAAGACAUGGUGUAUAAUGUGUAUAAUGAAUGGAUGAAAUUAUGUAAUAUCAUCACAGUUAAUGAAAUAGCCAGAGGUGUAAAUGCAACUCGACUACAAUUAGCGAAGCGAGCUGAUAGUAUAGUGAGUUCGUCACGGGACAUAGGUAUACAAUUAUUGUUGACUACAAAGAUUUGCACAUUGCAAGAUUAUGAAAAAAGAUUCGAAAUUCUGUCUCCUGAUUGUAUCAAAGAAACAAUGUACACCUACAUUUACGAUAAAUGUCCCGUUGUAGCAGCGGUGGGACCGACCGAAGGGCUACCUCAUUACACGAGGCUAACAGCCUAUGGUAAUUGGCUACGUUGGUAAAACGUUUGAUAAUAUUAAUACACUGUUUGAUU